AUCGAUUUUAAUGGAUUUCGAAAAUAAUAGAUUAAAAUCGAUUAGAUUAUUAAUCGAUUAUUUGAAUUUCUCAGAAAAAAAUCGAUUUUAAUGGAUUUUUACUCAGUAAAAUCGAUUAUAAUCGAUUCCCGACUCGAAUUUAAUCAGAAUUUGCCACUUUUAAUCGAUUUUUCGCGAUUUUUCACUCGAAAAUCGAUUUUAAUCCGAUUUUCAGGCUUGUUUUUUUACAUGGGCAACGGUGUCAAAAUACUUCCGGAUAUGAACCAUGUUCAUCGAAUACCGCAUGUGGUUGUCUUCCUCUGACCUUGAAUGAUGGUAAAGGUGUUUGUGCCUAUCUUCAUAUUGCCUGUUCCGGUUUGAACGUGUGUGCUGCGAAUAAUCAAACGUAUUUUACACCUGGACAUGUUUGUGUGAAGUACUCAUGAUGUCAAAAUCGUUCGUUGUAUUAUCCAACUCAUAUGACUAGUCAACAUAUAUGUCCAACUCGUUUAUUAACGACAACAAGUAUGAAAAAUAUAUCCAACAUUUACAAGAUUUUUUUUGUGAUUAUCUAGAUGCUCCGACGGUACCACAAGAUGGUAUUUGUGCAACAGUAACAUGAAACCCAAACGGCAUUACCAAGGCUGGAGGAACGAAUGGAGUAGGAAAUCAAUUGACUAAUUUGUUUUUGCCGUCAAGUUUGUUUGUCGAUGAUGAUUUUAAUCUUUAUGUUGCCGAUACUUUUCAUCAUCGUAUAGUCAAAUGGAAGUUUGCUUCUUCUACUAUGUUGUUGCCUUAUAUUCCGUCAUAGUAGUUGAUUGUAUCAGAAAUGUGAUAUAUCAUAUAUGAAUAUUCUUUGCUUGGGGCUCAAAUUGGCGAACUGGUAGCCGGUGGCAAAGGGGAAGGCAACCAUAGUGAUCAGCUCAGUCAUCCAGAUGGAAUUGUGCUUGAUAAAAAUGGAACCAUAUUUAUUUGUGAUAAUAGUAACAGGCGAAUACAACGAUGGCAUCGAAAUGAUAGUCAAGGUGUUACAAUCGUGCAAAAUAUAUCAUGUUGGGGAUUAGCGAUGGACCAUGAAGAAUCAUUGUAUAUUAGUGAUCAAACUGAUCAACAUCAAGUAUUGAAGUGGCCAACUGGGAAGGUAGUUGCAGGUGGCAAUGGAAAAGGCAGUGCUCUGAAUCAGCUCUCAGGUUCAUCUUAUUUAUUUGUCGAUCAGGAUCAGUCAGUUUAUAUAGCUGAUGGAGACAAUGAUCGUAUAGUUAAAUGGUCUGUCAGAUCUACUGAAGGUGUUAGUGUAGCAGGUGGGAAUGGUAGAGGAGAUGGUGCUAAUCAAUUCAAUGAGCCUACUGCAGUUAUCAUCGAUCAAAUGGGUACCAUGUAUGUGAGUGAUUAUCACAAUCACCGAAUUACAGCUUAG